CUUAACGUUACCUAGUCAGUCAGUUAACUUACGGUUAGAGCAGCCAGAAACACUUGUGUAAAUUUAAUAGUUUAAAAAAACAAUGUACAUUUCUUUUGAUAACCUUAACAGCUUAUUUUGCGAUUUAUGUGUAACUGCACAUAUGCUGCACGCCUAAUUUCUAAAACUAAAGCAAAACAAAACUGCAGCAAUAUUCACAUAAUACUUUAUUGUAUAUCGUAACAUUAUGCAUGCAAUGGAGUUACAUCUGACAUGUUCGACGGCUUUCGACGGAACAUCUGAUGAUUGUUCGACGGCUUUCUGAUGCCGGCAUUUGCAUAUAUACAACUGCUUUAAUUUUGUACUCUACGUAGUACAGUACAGCAUCUGCGCAAGCCACACGAUGAUGGCAAGAAGCAUUCACUGCAAACCAGGUGAGUUAUUGAUUGAACUUCAGCUUAUAUUUCUGUGCUAAAUUGCUUCCCGUUGAUCUGUAUGUUACAUAUGUGUUGCCAGUUGUCUUUUCUAACGAAACUCCCUUAUAUUCACUAAUGACUAAUCAGCAAAGAAUUGGUGCCUCCUGGAACUAGUACUGACGAUCCGGGAUCUUUGAAAUGGGCUCUCAGCAGUUAGAAAUAGUUUUUUCCAUUGCCAAGAACGAAAGAGUGUCCCCUGAAAAUGGACUGAAGGUUCUCACCAAACGACUGCGACAAAAAUGGAGCAUUGAAACAUCCAAAGAUAUUUUUCGCGAAGGAUUCCUGUCACGUUGCCGCUAUGUGAUCUUCGCAUCGCCGCAAAGGAAAUUUUCCACUGCUGAAUUUAAUUUACUAAAAUCCUUUCUAGAUGCCGGUGGCAGUAUGUUCUUUUGGCUGGGAGAGGAUAGCGAAGAGCCUAUCCGCACAAACAUCAAUUAUUUACUGGAGGAAUAUGGCAUGGCGCUUGGUAUGGAAAGCGUUAUUCGAGGGGUUUUCCAAAAAUACUUCAUUCCCAAGGAAGCUUUGAUCAGCGACGGAUAUCUGCAGAAGAUGUCCGCCAGCCAGUCUACUGAUACAAAGAACCAGCAGUCCUUUUUAUUUCCCUAUGGGACAACACUGAAAGUGAAAUCCCCGGCUGUACCACUAUUAACAACCGGUUCCGCAUGUUUUCCAAUGCAUCAACCAAUUUGUGCAUUUGCAUCGGUUCCAAAAGGAGGAAAGGUCAUGGUUCUUAGUUCGGGAUUGACGUUCACGGAUAACUACAUAGAUAAGGAGAACAAUCUGCUCCUCUUGGAUCGACUUUUUUCUCUGUUGACGGCCGAGAAGUUGCCGCGUUUCUUGCCUGACGAAUCGGAUUUACCAGAAGCGGAGCCCGUAUUAGAUAUAGGAGAGAACUCGCGGUCGGUAUUUCCGGUUCUAGAAGCCACGGAAAAUUCUUCAAUGAAGUUAUCCAGUGUUUUUGAUACGCUGUUUGAGCUGUCAGACUUAACGCGGGUUAUAGAAGUGCUGCAAGCUUACGGCAAAUUAAGUGUUCCGAAUCAGCCUUUAACAUUAAUUGCUCCGAAAUUUGAAGGAACGUUGCCUCUACUCCAGCCAGCUGUAUAUGCGCCAGUGUUUGAGGAUGUAUCUUCUCCACAGUUGGAAUUUUUUAACUUUGAAAAAGAGUUCGCGGCGGAAAAGGAAAAAAUUAACCAGAUAUACACUGAAGCACGACGAACUCCAGAAGAUCUGCCAACUUAUAUAUCAACUUUAGCCAAUGCCCUGUCAAUUGGACCAGCGUCAAAUCCGCCGGCAAAUACUCAUAAGGAAAUUAUAGAAUUUAUAGCCGCUCGGGUCAUCGGUUUCAAAAGAUCUGGAUGGAUUUCGUGA